UUGCACCUUAACUUAAGAGGUUCAAUAUUGGAGUCUAUUUCACAGGCUGCUGUGAGAGUAGUUCUCAUACCUCCACUAAUUAGCCGCAAGGCUUGGUUUUGGAUUGUAUCUAAUGAUGAUUGAUAGGUUUUGUUGGCAGCUACUUGUAUGGAGAGACAGUUAUCCAUUACAGAUCUGACGUAUCCAGUGUAUAACUGUCCUAAGGUUUUCUUUUCAGCUUCACAGGAUGUUCCUGCUAGGUGUUUUAUUAUGUUUAAUCUUUGUGAUGCUUAUUCUUUUAAAUCUGCCAUUAAGUGUUUUAGAGACAGUCUUUGGUCUAGUUUUACACCAAGAUAUGUUGGAUUUUCUUUUUUAUUUAUUGGCUGUGAGUCUAUUUUUAGGAUGUAGUUUCUUUUUGCUGUUUUGUUGCUGUGGCUAAAGAUUGAAUAAACUCACUUUUCUUUGUUUAUUUCCAUUUUCCAUAAUUUUGAAUAUGUGGAGAUAGUUGUGAGGGCUCUAUUUAGUUUGGAUCUAGUCAGCACUGGAUAUUUAUUUCUCUGUAGUCCAAAUUAAAAGGUCGUCUGCAUAAAGUGCCUUAUUGACCGAAAUGAGGUCCGGGAGGUCAUUCAUGAAGAUUAGAAAGAGAGUGCAGCUAAGGGCUGAACCUUGUGGUAGUCCUUCUUCCAAACUUUUUUUUACUAGAGAUGGCACCAUCGAAUCGGGUUUGGAUGGUUCUGUUUUUUAAGAAUGCCCUGAUCCAGCUGUACAUUUUUCCAUGGAUGCCCAAUAGUCACUUAGACAAUGUCCUAGUCUUUGUCUGACUUUCACCGUCAACACAAUCUGGGCUUGAAUAUACUUCGCUCCUUCUUCCAUCCCACCCACAUCUCUCUUUUGAUCAGAGAGAUUAUUCGUGUCACCACGCCUCUUGACCCUUCCAAGGUGUGACUUUCGUCGGGCUUUACCCAUGUGAGAGAUAAUCCUUAGCCUAUCGCAUUUCCUCUAUACUCUCUAUUUCUCAUUCUCGCUGACCAGAUGAAUCUGGAUUAACAAUUCAUUCUUACUCUUAGAGGAAUACCUGGUGGUAAGCCGAACUUAAUCACAGUUCCACUUAAUUACUUUGUGCAUAUUUCUCACUGGAUAUUAUCAUGUGGAUUUUAUUAAUUCAUUUAUAUUUAAUUAGUGCAUUGUGUAUUUCUCACUGUCGUAAGUAGAAAACAUAAACAUGGCAUAUGUAUAUAUAUAUUUAUGUAUUGCAUUAAUCUAUUAAUUAAUGCUACGUUGCUCAAUUGAUCAUUGAUGCAACCAUGUAUAUAUUUGUACAUCAUAUUUUAUUACCUUUAUCUCAGCUGACCGCCUUGAUAAUUUUACUAGCGCACUAAUACUGCGCUUAGAGAAGAUAUAUGAAUUAUCUCCCCCUUUACUCAUUUUACUCUAACGAGAGUUGCGCCUCCUUGAACGGACACUCUCUCCAUUCAAGCGUACUCCAUUGCUCUUGGUCGACGGCCAUAUGUAAACAAACCGUCAUGGUCGCUGACCACCGUCCAUUCUCCCCCCCCCCUUUUCUCUUCCAACUUAUGUUGUUUCAUUGAGAUUAUUGUCUCCCUUACUAUGUACAUUUUAUAUUGCUAUUAUCAGCCAUCUAUUUUUCCAAUCCCAUUUGUCAUCAUCUCCCCAUUGUACUCAAAAGCAAUUUUACCAGUCUGACAAAUGCACCUCAGUCGAGGGCAUCGAUAAGAUGCAUGAGAGACAUGUCCUAACUUGUCCUUGUUUAUCCGCAGCCUCCCUCAGGUGUCUGCCUAUUUAUUCGGCAUUGUUUGACAGCCACUCAUCAACCUACUCAAUUCCCUAAUAAGCUCUACUAUUUACCUGCCUAUUGGCCUACCUGCCUAUUUGGCUAUACUACUUGGCGCUAUUGGCUCCACCUGCCUAUUUGACAGUCCACUUGUCAACCUAUUAGGCACUAUUUCCCUAUAGACCCAGUAUCUGUGCGAGACGUCAUAGCUCCGCCAGAUCUCCGCAACUCACUUAUCCUGCUAAGUACGCUGCCUACAGCAGAUCAGCUCUGCCCCCAGUACCCUUGUGCCCACGGUAGCCAGCCACCCGCCCUACUGUGCCCACUACAGAUAUCAGAACUUUGGAUUGAGACUCCACAAGAACUGUAUCAACGGCGACCCUCUACUCGCUACAGCGCCACCUCCCGCUGCAAAACCUCAUGCCAGGAUCACAGCCAGCUGCGACAUCAGUAGGACUACCAGCUAAGUGCAGAGGACGAAAGUGACAUACUCUCUAAUUAAGUGCUUAGUAUAAUGAUACAAUAUUGCUAACGAGAUAGAUGCAAACCCCCUCCCCUAUUUUACUCUAAUUUGUAUAUUAAUGUAAAUAAAUAUUCUUUAUUCUUACAUUAUUUGUAUCUUUCUCCAUUGUUUGUCUCGUUGCGUGUCUGCUCCCGAUUUAUCUCUGAUGGACCAGUGUGUGGCAGUUAAAAAUAAUCAUUCCCUGGACAUUAACCAAGCCAAUCACACACGUCAUACACGAGGUCUGUCACAAAUUUUAUUUGUAUUUUUCUUUUAUUGAUGGAUGAAAAGAAUAUAGCAGAAAUUGUUCUCAGCUGUGAAGAUACGCUAAUCACUGGUUCAAUUAAUUGUGACAAAAGUUUUAAGUAUUCUAAAACAAAUAUCCCAGGAUCAGAUGAUAUAAUAGAUGCCUUUUUAGAGCAGUAUGAAGGAUGUACUUGUGAGGAGAGUUGCAGUUUAGAUUCAUGUGUUUGUCUUCAGUAUUUUGGAGCUGCAUACACAGAAGAUCAGACAAUAAAAUCCAGUGUUCUUAAGGAAUCAUCCCAGCCAGUAUUAGAAUGUGGAAUGAUGUGUACAUGCUGCCGCCAACUAUGCAACAACAGAAUUGUCCAAAAAGGAAUAAAGAAAAAGCUGGAAGUUUUUAAAACUGAAAGUAAAGGCUAUGGCUUGCGGACAUUAGAAAACAUUGCAGUUCUACACUUUGUGUGUGAGUAUGCAGGAGAAGUAAUUAAUGGAGAGGAAGCUAAACACAGAAUGGCUGCAACUGAGAGCUCAAAUAAAGACAAUUACUUGAUAGUUGUAAGAGAAUAUUGGAAAGAACAAGUGUUGCUUACAUAUGUUGACCCUCAGAAAGUGGGCAAUAUUGGCAGAUUUAUCAACCACUCUUGUGAUCCUAAUCUUGUUAUGGUACCUGUCAGAAACAAUCAUUCUGUCCCCAGACUUGCCUUGUUUGCUAGUAAAGACAUUAUUGCAGGGGAGGAGCUAACUUUCAACUACAGUGGAGCUUCUAGAGUCUCUUUACCUUCUAAGUCUUGUAUAGAAAGCACUAAAGUAUUGCCUCAUUUGUUUGAAAUUACUGAUUCAAAAGUUGACAUUAGACAAGUGAAACGUAAACCUUGUUACUGUGGUAGUAACUUAUGUAAAGGCUUUAUGCCAUAUGAUAAAGAUCUGAUCUAAUUUUUUUUUCCUUAAUUGUUAGCGAUAAUUAUAAAUUUAAUUUAAUGUCUAGGUUUUUAAAUAACCUAUUUUUUUAUUACACAGUCACAAAUGAAAAAAAAAAUCUAUUAUGUUUUUGAAAAAAAAGGUUUUAUUUAUUGUCAUUAAUCAUUAAAAACCUAUUUUAAAAUCUUUGAAGAUUGUAUAAAUGGAAUUAGCCACUAAGCAUAGGUAUGAAGACACAAUGUGGCAUACAUAUAAAUAAAAUGAACAUUUACAUUAAUACUUGUAAUUUAAAAAUGGAGGUAUAAAAUCAUAUAUUGCUUACAUAAAAAUAUUGUUUUAAUUAUUACAAUACUUUGAAAGACUAUAAAAUUACACAAGAGAAACAUUUUAAGUGUUAUAAUAAUAAUAAAAAAGUAUAUAUAUGCUCAUUUUCAUCUGGUCCACUCUCUUUUAUCUACAAGUAUGGUAGGGGUAUCUGGAAGAAACUUUCUUUACUACCAUUCUUAGGAAGCCUCUAUGGGUGUUUGGCAUGCAAUGCAGGUAAAUAAGGAAGAUUUUGAAAUUUUUAGCACCACAAACCUAAGGUUAAAUUUUAAUUACAACAGCACUUUCUUCUUACAAAGCGUACAUCAACUCACUGUCUGUCUGCUCAAGUUUGAACACAUUCUUUUCCCACACCAGUUCUCAAAUCAAGUUGAAACUUUGUACAAUUAUUCAUUGGCAUAGACAAUAAAUGAAUCAAUUAAAAAAAUUAAUCAAUUAGUCAAUUAAAUACUGGUUAUAUUUUGUUUGGUACCAACAAGAGAAAUUAAUGCUUCAGUAUUCACAAAUAUGGUUAAAUAUGCUGGGUUUGUCCCCUUAAAUAAUUGUACAUGUUAUUUCUCCCAUAACCAUUCUUGGAUUAAGUUAAAACUUUAAACAAUUAUUUAUUGUACCUAACAAAAUAUUAAGCAAUUAACCCAUUAGUCAAUCAAUUAUUGGUAACUGAUUAUUUUGUUCUUCCCCAUAAAUAAGCUUUGUUUUUUGUUUUUAAAAAAAAAUAUUUAAAAAAAUAAUUUUGCUUGUUUACUUUUUUUUGUUCAUAAAUGAAUAAGUCACUAGUGAUUUAUUAUAACAGUAAUUGUUAAUAUAGUGACUUUUGGGUUAACAAAAUGCCAUAGGAACAUUUCAUAUAUCGAUAUGACACACUAGGAACUACUAACUUUCAUCAACAGUCUUAUGGGUCCUAUUUUUCUCCAUGCUAUGGAGUGCGUGUAUUUGUAUUGGAUGAGAAAUUCUGAUGUAACCUUAAGUUUUAUAGAUGCAGAUAAGUGUAUAAAAGAGGGCGAACAGCUGAUAAAAGUUAGAUGAAUUCAGUGAUAAAGAGACAGGACUAAGUUUAUUUUAUGUUGAAGCAAAUUGUCAAAUCAUUGUUGUAUUUAUUAAAGGUUUUUGAGAAAACCUAAUAUAAUGCACCAUAGAUCAUUACAAUUUAAAGAUUUGAACAGAAAAAAAAAGAUAUGUUAAUAAGUCAUCCCAAAGUUUAAUUUUAUUCAAAUCAUAAAUAUUAAUCCUUAAUGCAAUGAGCUACCAUUUUAAAGAAAAUAUUUCAAUCAAUUUGAUAGCAGCAUUAUAAUUAUUGUAAUAAAGUUAAAUAAUAUUCUGACUAGCUAUUGGGAAAGAAUAAGCAAUUAAAAAAUGCUAGAGGAUGGAUCAAAUCCAUUUUUUAACUAAGUUUUCUUACUAGAGGUUAUAUUUUUUUGAUAAAAGUCAACUUUGUUCUGUUUGUUUAAGAUGCAGUUGUUGUUUUUUUAGAUAAGAAUAAAAUUAUAACAAAAAGAUUAAAAAUAAUUCAUUUGAAAUUACAUAUAAAAGUGGAGGGAUUUGAUUAUGUGAACUACCACAACACUAUGAUGAUGAUAUAAUAACAAAAUGUAAAAACAUUAUUAUCUCCAUAUUCUACAACCUAUAUAGGUUGAUUUUUUAAAAAUUGUAAUAGAAUUAAAUUAAUAUAACACUUUCAGCAACAAUAAUUAUUCUUAGCUGUUACAAUUCCUCUUUUUGUAAAUAAUCUUGCUGCAAGUCCUUGGCACAACGAAAUCCUAAGUUUGCUGCAGAGCUGUCAGGUGUAUUCUGACUUCUGGCUACACAGCGGUAACGAUAACAAUAGGACUGUCAAGAAAAGAAUUAUAGUACAUUAUUGACUUAAAAUAAAUUAAUAUACUUAAUAAUUAAAUCAAUUAACUAGGGUGCGUUUGAAAAAAAAUAAUUAGAAAUAAAAGUAUUUAUUAGAUAUUGUUGCCUACUAUUAACUCACUGUCAAGAGUAGGGGAGUGUAAAAUGUGAGAUUGUGUGUGUGUCUGUUUAUGUUAUUUGUUGUGAGAUGUGAACUGUUUUAGCACAGGGUUUUCAAGGGGGUUAAUAAGGUUUCCUGUGCUGAUGUUUGUUUGUUUGUAAAAUGUUUUACAUGUUUCGGAUGUUCCUUCAGAGUUGAAGAUAGUUUACUUCCUAGUCCAAACCUCCCGCAGGACGACGGGGGAUGGGAGCGGGCAGGAUUUGAACCCUCGACCAUCGAUAAAUCCGAACGACAGUCCAGCGCGCAAACUGCACGACCAGCUGGUCUUGGUCAGAACUGUUUUUUGAGGGGGAUGUAUUCUCAUGUAUUGUAUUGGGGUAAUGUCUCAGCUUUCAUUCUCUAAUUACUUUGAUAUAAAUGUAUGUUACCUAGCUCUAUGUUUUGUUGCAUUUUAAACAUAUUAACACUAAUUAUUGAGAAUAAUUUAUAUUGCAUUUGAUAGUUUUGUAAAUAAAUUCUAUGACAUAUUA